UCCGAAGAGCUUAACAAGGCACACCUCGUUGCGUGAUAUUUUUGGCUUAAUAAAAGAAUUAUUUUAUAUCUAAAGUAAUAUUAAUCGGUAAAAUAUAUUUGGCUUUUAACAAAUAUUGAACAUUAUUGUUUCUGAAUAGUUAAAAAAAAAUAUAGGCAAUUGUUUGCCCUUUCAACAGUAAAUAUUUUGGAUUGUAUACGUCGUUUGCAUACCUGUAAACCACAUUACAUUCUACGCUGUCAUAAUCUGUUUGAAUAUUUAAUUCAAUAAACAAUCAUUGUUUUAUCUUAUUGAAAACACAAGCUUCCAUUUUAUCAAUUAUCCAAACAAAUCAACAAAAAUCAAAUAAAAUGACAGAUUCAAUGAAAUUUGGUCCCGAAUGGUUGCGCAACAUGUCAGCCGAUACAACUUCAUCCAAUUCAGUAAAUACCAGUGGUCAACUAACAAAUCCAACAGGUGUUUUUGGUUCCGGUAGCUUAGGGGGUGGUGUCGACGGUGGAACAUCUGUAAAUAAUGCUAAUAGCAAUUCGUCAAAUCUUAAUCCCAGCAGCUUUCAUAAUAAUGUAAAUGCAGCAAAUUCUGGAGCUUCACGCAACACUUUUCCCGAAUUUCGUUAUGGCAGAGAGGAAAUGCUCCUACUAUUUGAUCGAAAUUGCGGCAUACCUGAUAUUUUACCAUCAUGUAAGAACCUUUUUGUAGAAAGAGUUCAAUUUCCAUUAGCUUUAGUGCCUAGUACAGAUGAAGAUAUGAUGCAAGGAACGGCGCCACCAACGCAAAGGCCAGGAUGGCUUCAACGAUCUCCAGUUGGUUUCAACACAGCAACUCGAGGUACUGGUAGGGUCGGUUGUAUGGAGAGAGGUCGUAUGCGUGGAAAGUCAAUUUAUCAUCCUGUUUUCCAAAGGCCAAAUGCUUUAUUUGAUGAUGAUCAACGUUCCUCUGCAAUAAAGACCGAUCGCUCUUGGGUUGAACGAAAUGGUGGCGCAGUUGGCGAUCCUGUAGUAGCUGGCCCUUCAACGGUAGUAGGUGGAGGAUUGGGCGCGGAGGCUUGGAACGGAAAUACGCCGGUAUCAAGUCCACGUAGAGAAUUUAGCAAUCAUCCAAGAAAUAUGGAAAAUUGGAGGCGUAGUCGUAAUGAAGAUGGGUCAGGUGGUGAGGCAUCUACUACUACAUUUACGGCGGAUAGUGGUUGGAGAAUGAACACGGGAUCUGGAUUUCAAAAUUCACAUACUCGUUGGGGCAGGUCAACGAGCUGGAGAGAUGAUGAACUAGCAAAUAACAAUGAAAACUCAGGUAUGGUUGGUAGUAGUGCUACUACUAUCGCCGGGGGAGGAGGAGGAGCUAUAAUGAUGCUGCGUUCAAAUUCUGCCAUAUCAACCACACAAGGACAUCCAAGUGUUUCUGGUAAACAAACUGGUGCACCUGGAGUACCGCGAUCUAUAUCUGUCACAUCUUCCGGAACUAGAAAUACGGUUAGUGGAAAUAUUUGGCCAAAUAGCGCAACAGUUGGUCAAAUGUCAAACAUGCAAGGUGAUGGUUGUGUCAAUGAUGAAUUGGCGUUGCCUGAAUGGGCAAUGGAAAAUCCUUCAGAUAUUGGCGGUACCUUUGAUGCAAGUGGAGCCUUUCAUGGCGCGGUCGAUGAUGACAUACAUACCGGUAAUAUUCCUGAAGAACAUGAUGAGAAUGAUUUGCCCGAACAGACUAGCGAUGCAAAACCAUCGGAUACAGAUGUUCAAGAAAAUGUAUUAAAAACAUCUGAUGACAAUUCCAUUAAAUCAACAAAGUCUCCUAAAAGAUCUUCGCUACAAGAAACGGACAAUUAUCAAGAUUCAUCAUCUCCCUCUCCGACACCGACCUCAAAUGUUACGGCUAGCCAUGAAAAUACUGACAAUUCAGCUGAAAGCGAAAAGUCGAAGCCAAACAAUAAUAGCACACAGAACCCUGUUUCUCCAGUAGAUGUUGCACCGGAAAAUGUUUCGCAGAAAAAUUCCGAACAUCAUUCAGAAAAUGAAUACAUUAAAGAGUCGGCGACAAAUUGCAAUAGUAACCUUCAAAAUUAUUCAACAAGAGCAUCCAGUAAUGAGGAGAACACAACAAAUAGUAACGUCGGAGAUUAUGCCGAACGUAUGAUGAAAGUCACCGAUGACAUGAUAGAGAAACUAAUAAUGGACGAUGAAGAUGCUAAAGACGAUCAUAUGAAAUCGUCUAUGUUGUCGGGCGGUAAUAAAAGAAAUGCCCAACAUGUGUUUGUAUCAGCGCUUCAGCAACCGCAAAACUCGAAUCAUCAAUCAACAGUUUCAGCAGCAUUGUCUGCUGGGGCAGGACCAACAGGACCACCCAACAUGUCUUUAUACAAUAUGGGUGGUAUGAUGGUAGAUCACACUCAUAAUAUGGCUGCCUUACAUCAGUUACAACAGCAACAAAUGGCAGCUGUUGCAGCUGCGGCCAUUGGCUUACAACCUACUCCACCACCACCACCACAUCCAAUGACUUCCUCAGGUCAUUCAGAAUUAUGGUUGUAUCGGGAUCCCCAAGCUAAAGUUCAAGGACCCUUUUCCGCUUUGGAAAUGACUGAAUGGUAUCGGGCAGGUUACUUCAAUGAAAAUCUUUUUGUAAGUCGAGUUUGUGAUACACGUUUCCGACCUCUGGGAGAAUUGAUUAAGAUUUGCAAUGGUCAAAUGCCUUUUAGUCAUAGUCAUUUGAUACCAAUUGAUUUGAAUUCAACUCCUUUGACGCCACCUUUAGCACCAGUAAUAUCCGCACAGCCCUCUGCACAAGCAACUGCAACUGAUUAUGUUAUCAAAACUUUAAAUGAACAUCAACAACAUCAACAGCAUGAAAAGCUUAAAGGUAAUGUAACUGCUGCCGCUGAUUCCUUAAGCAAUGCCCUAAAGAGUUUAAUUAAUUCUGUAGAUAUUUCACAAGUUUUGAAUAUGCAUUUUCAAACGCUUCAAGAUCGUUUCAUACAUAAUCAGGAAAUUGAAAUUUCUAAUGAGUUAUCGAAAAAUGAGUGUUUCCGGCGAUUAACCGCCGCCGAACAAGACGCAGUUGUCAGACAAAAACUGCAAAUGAUGGUUUUGCCAGAGUAUCUUACUAAUUUAACUGGUCUAAGUAAUUCACUGGCGGCUCUGAAUCCAACAGCUGGUACACAGUUAUACGAUACUAUUGCCGAGUGUACCAAAAAGGAACAAUUGUUUUGCAAUCACCAGGGUCAGCCUCAAUCACAGACAACGGCACAGCAACAACAAAGGUCUAACCACCAUGCAUCUUCAUCAGGUGCAGCAUAUAUAAAUACGGCCGAAGAUUUCAUAAUGAAAACUAAAAAUGCAGGUCAUGACAUGAACAGCAACGAUUUGUUGAAUGAAUUUAAUUUGCGAAUGUUUCUAAACAAUGGUUCUGAUUCGGGCACUGGCGGCGGUAGUGUUACUGUUGCAACAACAAAUUCUCAUGGCCAUGAGUUCUUAAAUGAUCAGCAAUUAUUUGGUGCUGGUGCAACUUCCACUCCAAAUCCCCCAACCAAUACUUCGCAAAGUCCAAUGAUGCAAAUGUGGAUGAAUUCAUUAUCGUCUAAUCAGACAAAUCAACUUCCAACUCAACAACAUCCUUUGAUGGGCAAUGCCCAACAAGCACCCGGUAUAAAUAACCAGUGGCUCAAUGGUCCACUGGUUGGUAUACCAUCGAUAAAUUUGUCCAGGGAACAGCAUGGUACAAGUGGAAGCAUAAUGGGUUCACCAAAACCUACACCAGCAUCAAUGUGGGAUGUUGCCACGUUAGAGCAACAUGUUCAAGUUCAACAACAAUUACAACAACAAAUGCAGCAGCAAUCAUUUGAACAUCAUCGUCAUUUAAAGGACACAGGAAAGCAUCCUCAAGACCAACAGCAACUAGAUAUAGAUAAAAAUAUAAACAAACAACAGCAACACCAACACUCGGAAGAUAUCAACCAAGAGCAGCAGCAGCAGCAGCAAAUGUCUACAAACGAUCUUCAAAAGUCACAUGAUGGUGUGACAAAGAUUUCUUCCACAAACAAUAAUAAUAAUAGUAAACAAGAACAACAACAGCGUCAACCACUGCAACCAACUGAAAAGUCACAAUCACACGUUAAUAACAAUAAGCGCAAUGUUACUAACAACAACAUUGUAAAACCAGCUAACAAAGCUAAAAAUGAAAAUUUCGUUGAGCAGAUUUCAAAGAAAACUGAAGAAGAGCGUCGUCGUGAGCUUAACGAAGAGAAGCGUCGCCAAAAGGAGGAACGCAAACGUCAGCAGCUGGAAGAAGAGAAACGUCGUCUGAUGCAAGCUGAAGAAGAAAAACGUCGCCAAAUGCAAGAAGAAGAAAAGAGACAGCAACAAAUACAAGCCCAAAGACGUAAGGCGUUAAUGAGCAGCACCAAUAACAAUAAUUCUCCAAAUAAUAACUCAAACAAUAGUUUAUUGACUUCCCCCAAUUCUACCAAUAAUGUAGGCAAUCCUAAAUCUAAGGAACAUCAACAUAUUCAAUCAUCAGUUGCUCCAUGGUCUACACAAACCAUGGCAACAAAAUCACAAGGACCUGGACUGGCUGAAAUACAAAAGGCCGAGAGACGUGAACGUCGUGCUGAUCAACAGCGUCAAUUAGAGAUUCAAGAGAAGCAGAUGCGUGCUCUUGCGGCAGCUUCCGAAGCUCAAGAUACGAUUCUAAAGUGGAAUGCUGCCCCCGUGCCAGUUAAAAGUUUUGCUGAAAUCCAAGCUGAGGAGGCAAAACGUUUGGCUCAUGAACAAAUGGAAUUGCAAAGACGCAAAGAACAAGAAGUUCAUAAUAAUUUGGUCGCUUUCAGUUCUGCUGGUAGUGCUGCCGCCGGCGGUCUUAGUAGUUCUUCGAAUAUUUCGAGCAUUUGGAGUGGAAAUAAAAUAUGGGGAACCCCAUCAUCCAACACAACUGGUUUUUGGGAGGAACCUCUUAAAUUCAAUAGUAAAUCCAUUAGUGCUUGUUUAUCUAACAGCAACAGCAAUAAUCUAAACAACAAUAACAAUAGUAAUUUAACAGCUGCUUUAAUUGUUGCCCAGUCAUCGACUAUACAACAAAAGCAAACAACUUCUCAACAGCACCAUCAACAUCCCUCAUCUCAGCAGCCGUUAAGUAAGAACAUCAAAAAGAGUCAAAGUGUUGCAGUAAUGCAAAAUACCGUAUCCCCACCAACAGCUAGCACUUCCGGUGGCCCCAACAUUCAAAAGAAACCGUCAAGCAAUACUACACCAUCUUCGAAACAAGCAAAGCCCCAAAAGGCCGAUAACAAUGGUGCAGUUUGUUUGGGUAAUGAAAAUAAAAAAUCUACAACUAAAAACAAUAAUGCUGCUAUUAAGGGUGAUGACUACGAAGCUGAAUUUACCAAUUGGUGUACAAAAAGCCUAAAUAAUAUGAACACGAAAGUUGACGUGCCUACAUUUGUCUCCUUUUUACGAGACUUGGAAUCACCAUAUGAAGUAAAGGAUUACAUUCGCAUGUAUUUAGGUGAAAGCAAAGAGUAUAUUGACUUCGCAAAGCAAUUUCUUGAACGUCGCAGCAAAUAUAAAAAUUUACAACGCGCACAAAAUGCUCAUGACGAUGACUUGUGUAAACCAGCUCUGGCUAUAACUCCAUCAGUUAAUGAUAACAGUGAUAAUAAGGGUAAACAGAAGAAAAUAAAGAAGAGCAAAAUGACAAAAUUGGAUGCACGCAUUUUGGGCUUUUCCGUUACUGCCGCCGAAGGCCGCAUCAAUGUGGGAGAUCGUGAUUAUGGUGAUGCACCUUAAGCUAAAUGUGUGCUUUGAAACAAAACAAACAAAAAUCGAGCAAAUGAUGUUGCUAUUAUACUUCAAUUUCAUUUCUUUUUUAAAUUGUUAAACUUUAUUUUUUUUCUAUUUUAAGUAACUUUAUAGAUUCGUUUUUAAAACACAUUUAAUAUUUUGCUUCUGAGUUAACAUUUAAUGUUAAAGUCCAAACUUGAUUAACAGAUAUUAUCUUUCAUAACAAGCAUUUUAUUCAAUUUUGUUUUUUUGUUUUAGCAGAACAUUUUAUUUUACAUUCAUCUAAUCAAUUCAACUAUAUUUUUAUUUUUUCUUUAAAAUUCAGCUGCAUUAUAAAUACAAUUUUUAUUUUUGAGAUAUUUAAAACGAAAAUGUAUGUAAUUGUUAUAUUAACAGUACAUUUAUAUACUGCCAAUACAAGUUCGAAUUAGUGUGGUUAAUUAAUUUACUAAAAGAAAAUGUAAUAAUGGACUCCGUACCGUGUGAGAAAUGUGCGUGUUUAUGAAUUAGCUCUUUAUACUUUUAUUUUAUUUACUUCUCGCUAUUACUUUGAAUGUGUAAAUUUUUUAAUUUAAAUCAAUUUGCUUUUAAUUUAAUUAGCCACUUAAUUUUUAAAUAUACCUUUAUUAAUAUUCAUUAAAUUGUUUAAAUUAUUUGGGAUAAAUGUUACACUUUAGAUUUCCUAUCGAUUGAAAUAGUUUUGAAAAUUGUUGUUCUUGUUGUUGUAUGUUUAUCAACAAAUAUUCAAAAGUUCUAUCUAUGUUUCAUGAUUAUAACGUCACUUUAUAAUUAUGAGUUCAACUUUUAUUGUUUAAUGAGUUGGAAACAAGUAAAAAAUGUUUUUAAGAACGUCAAUAGAAAAAUGUUUGCAACUUUAUGUAAAAUUCCGAAUUUGAAAAAAAUUGCGUAAAAUCAGAGGAUUCAGAAAAAUGCAUACUUAAUAUUGUUACCAAAUUUUACAUAUUAUAUUCCAGCUAACCGUAUAUAUCAAGAAAGUUGUUUUAAGUGUCCGAUAUAUUCCGUAGUUUUGGUUCAAUAAUAUAGCAAACAUUUUUUUCAGUUUUUUUCCAUCCAUCGUUUUCUCAGAAGAAUAAUUAUAAUUUUGAAACUUUAAAUAAUUGUUUACAUAAUUUAAAGAGUCCUAUAUGCUGGAAACUCUGUUGUAUAAUUUUUGGGCAUUGAAUGAGACUUAUAGCGUUUUCUUUUCUGACACAAUGUGGACAAAAUGUUGCCAACAUAUUUUGUACCAUCUGUUUAAUUUUUAACGAUCACAAUAGAUCAAAAAUCAUUACCAUUCAUGCAAUAUGUUUAUAUUUGAAGAAAAAAAUUUGAAAUUUUAUCUUUUUAUUAAAUUCUACAGAGUCUAAAUUUCAAUUAAAUAGAAACUAAAUUAAAAAGUUAUUAAUGAAAUUAGUAAAGCGAAAAAAUGAAAAACGCUUACAAAACUAAAUUUUUUUUUCAGAAAAGGCAUCAUUUUUGCCAGAAAAUUAAACGCCAAUAUUAUAUAUUUGUGCACAAAUCUACAUAGAAGUGUAUUUUUUAUUUUUUUUUUAAGCAUAUGAGGAGCAUAUUUUCCAAUAAUGUAAUAUAUUUCUUAACAACACUACAACAACAAUAAAAACAACAUUCCAAGUGACAUCAAUUGAUAAUAAGUCAUGGGAGAUCAAUUCUCCUAUAUGAUUAGAAAUUUUUGAAAAUAUAUAAUAAAAUAAACUCACGUUGUAAAUAUGAAACGUAAUUUAUUAUAUUACCAAGCAGGAAAAAAUCAUCAAUUUUUUUUAUUCUUUGCAUUUACUUUAUUGAUAAAAAAUUUAACAAUAUCGAAAUUAAUUCAAGUAUCUUUUAAAUUUUUUUUAUUGUUUACAUGAAACAUUAAUGUUUUUCAACAUUGCCAAAUGGAAUGAAUAAAAGUUUCAACCUGAAUUGGAGUUUUUAGCUGAGAUUCAGGAACAAUUGCAUCUUUUUAAACACGGUAUAUAAAACAUGUCUUGAAAUAUUAUGGGAAUUAAAAACAUAUAAAAGUUAAAAAUCAUUUGGAAAAUGUUUGAGUUAUUACAAAUUAAUAUUCAACAAUAUUUAAAAAAAAUUGUCUGUUAUUUCCGAAAGGAAUAAGUUUUCAAAAGUUGAAAACCGUUAGAGUUUUUUUUUAUUUAUUUAUUUUCAACAACUUAGCCUUAUUGGCCUAACCGGUUAUAAAUUUCUACUUAAGAAAAUAGUUUACAUUAAAAAAUAUAAAUAUAAAAUAAAUUAAAUUAAAAUUAUGAUAUAAUUUUUCUUCAAAAUUCUGAAAUCCCCAAAAUAUUCCUCCAACUGAUUGAGGUAAUUUUGUUUUUUAUCGAUAAACGCAGAAUUUACAAAGUUAUAUGGCCCAUAACAUAGUCAAAAAUAAAGUAUACAUUAAGAGAAAUAAAGUCGAUUUUACUUAAGAGUCGACUUUAGGUCUAUCAUAGACAACCUAAAGUAUACUUUUGACGUUAACUCAUUUAACACAUUUUCUACAUUUGAGGUGGCACCCAUUUAAAGUCGGUUCAAUUUAAAACAUACUGUAAAUUUGACUAUAUGUAGUUGCUAAAUAAUUCAAAGCAGGUUUUUAUUUUAAAAUUCUUUUUAUAAAAGAACCGACUUUAGUGUUUGACUAUGAUUAUCGGCCAUAGAUAGGAUUAUCGGCCAUAGAUGACUAUGUUCCAUAAAUUUAGAAAUUCCUCUUUUCAGAUUUCCGCUUCUUUUUGUUUAAUAAUUUCCUUCAAAUUCCUCCUUUUUAUAAAAACCAUAUGGUCACGUAUUAAAAUAAAUAAUAUUUACUUUUAGAAUGAAUUGAAAUAACCAAUAACAUUUUACGGGAAAUUUCCAAAUUUUCUUUUUAACUGAUAUGUUAAUAAUUAUUAGUUCAAAUUAGACUUCGAAAUAAAUCCUAGUUCCCAUGAAUAAUUUUACUUCCAUGCUAUUCUGAAUGAAAAGUUUAGAAAACAUUUUCUAGUGAAAAGAAAAAUUGAUGUGUUUUUUUUAAAUUGCCUUAAUUAAACCUUAAUUUCUUUAAUAAUUUUAAAAAUUUAAACAAUGAUAUGUUUUUAAUUAUCUAUUAAUUUUAAAAUAAAUAAACAAAUUUUUAAUUAGCUUACUAAAUAGUUAUUUCGAAUUAACAUUAUCUCCCAGUUCUUGUACGUCUAACGAUGGGUCUUACACAUUUUUUAGCCAAACUUUUCUUAACGAACAUUAUAUUCGACUGGCAGUAAAUGUUAAAAUUUCUGGAUGUUCAAAUGUUUUUAUCGCCUGUGUAUCAUUUAAUUUGCCCUCAGUAACAUUUAAUUUAACCCAUAAAAGCAAUUAAAUUGUUCUUCGUAUAUCCUGUUUUUCUUUAAAGUGAAUUAUUUCUUUUCUAUUUAUUUAAACAUUAAUGAAGAAGUAUAUAUUUAGAAAAUAUUUUUGUAUGGACGAAUAAAAGAAAAAAUGUAUGGCUUUUUUCGUAACAUGUAAUUGAAAACAGUAAACUCCUGUAAUUGUUAUAUAAAUAGUACAUUAUAUACAUUUAAAUAUAUAUAUUGUUAAUGUAACUGUAACUCUUAAAGCCAUGUUAAAUAUUUACAAUAUAUAACAAAAAAUUCUUACAUAUAGAAAAUAAAAUGCUUUCAUACUGUCAUUCAUAUAUAUGUAUAUACAUAUAUAUGCUAAAGAUAUACAUAUGUAUAUACGUAUGUACGUAUGUAUACAACUUAUAUGUAUAUACAACAUGCAUAUGUAUAAUUUUUAUAAUUUAAAAAUACAUAUUUGAAUUAAUAAAAUGAAUUAUAUUUAAAUAUCUUAUAGA